UUAUAUUAUUGUAUUACCAUAGUGUUAAAAAAAACUCACAAAAAAGAUACGGAGAUAUACACAAGCAGUCGACCGGCGCUUAAAUAUGGCGUCACAGCGACACUUACCGUAGUUUAUCAUGGAGGAAUAUGCUCGUGAACCUUGUCCAUGGAGAAUAGUAGACGACUGUGGGGGUGCAUUCACUAUGGGAGCCAUCGGUGGAGGAAUUUUUCAGGCCGUCAAAGGCUUUCGAAAUGCCCCGAUGGGUGCACGACAUCGUCUGAAAGGCAGUGCCAAUGCCGUGCGCAUCAGAGCUCCACAGAUUGGAGGUAGUUUUGCAGUGUGGGGAGGUCUCUUUUCCACUAUAGACUGCGGCCUGGUGCGGCUCAGGGGGAAAGAGGACCCGUGGAACUCCAUCACGAGCGGAGCUAUGACAGGAGCCAUACUGGCUGCACGGAGUGGACCUUUGGCUAUGGUGGGUUCAGCCAUGAUGGGUGGGGUGCUGCUGGCCCUAAUUGAGGGUGUUGGUAUUUUACUUACCAGAUACACGGCACAACAAUUCCAGAAUCCUAGUCCAUUUAUGGAGGAUCCUAGUCAACUUCCUCCGAAAGACGGCGGCCAGGGGCAGGAGAGUCACGGAUAUGGACAAUAUCAGUAGAACAGAGUUUCUACAAUUGUGACUGUGACACUAAAGACUGGAAAGUGGAAAAGGUUUUUUUCUAUUUUAGCUUUGGCAGAUUUUUUUUUUCUGCCUAAAGCUGGUACACAGUAAUUACUCAGGGUCAUCUUGUCAUAUAUACGUAUUCUGUACUGAAGAACAAUACAGGGAAGUUCCAUAUGAUGAUGAUUUUUAUUAUUAUUGCUGCCAAGCACUAAAGGUGUGUGGGCAGCCUACUGUUAUGUUACCUUUCUUUUUUCCUUCUUUGCUACUUCUGACUAGUAUGUCAGUGGCUGCUCGUUCUAUCAGACAGUUCUAUACAGAGUAUAUAUGUGUUGUCAAUUUUAGAGUAUUGCACUUAAAACAGUUGAGUAAUACUCAAUUAGACACUAUAAAUUAUUUGUACUAAAACAAACUGCAAAUAGUUUUGUGUAUCCUUCAGAUUCCUUCACCUCUCCCUGUUUCCUGUAUUUCCCUUGCCUGCUUGCAUCUUGAUUUUAAGAACGUCUUUCAAGAAAGUAAUUUGUGUUCGUUUAUACCUGAAGGCAAAAACUCACAUUGUUAGAAAUGUACAAGUACUUGAAAUGAAUGAAGAUCCAAAAAGAUGUUGAA